UGGUUGCUGCGCAAUGGUUGCAAUGGUCUCGUGUUUUUGUCUGCGUUGGCCGUAAUAGAAAAGGUUUGCCGUAUCACCAGCGUUGCUAACGACGCAACACUCGAAGCGAUCGCGGUUGUUUGAUCGGCCGUGAUGAAGCUGUUAUCUGCUUGGAGGCCGUUGAGCAGCGCCUGUGCCCAGCAGUCGCGCCGCUGCUACUCGGUCACCACCAAUGGCGAAUACUGUCUGCGCGGCUACCUGAGCGAUGCGAUGGUGCGCUUUCGCGUUGCCCUGCGCACCCUGUGGCCCCGCGGUCGAGUGGCUGUCCGCCGUGGUCAGGGUCCACCCGUGCUGUCGCGUUACCUCCAGCGUUGGGCCAAACAGACGCGAGCAGCCGACUUGCGGAGACGCGCCGCCCGUCAGCUGUUCGCCGGCGCUCGCCUGCCGCUCAUGGGGCUCACUGGCGUGUGCCUCGUCACCAAACCAUCCCUGGUCACCAGCGAAGAGGAACUAGAGAGUGUCUGCGUCGCCCUGCGGGAGCUGGCUGUCACAAUGAGCAAGAAGCAAGAGGUGGCACAGGUGCCAGACAAGGAAGCAGUCAAACUGGAUGACCUGGAGUUGGGCACGGUGCUAGGAAAAGGUGCCAAUGCGGUCGUGUACAGUGGCCGCUGGAGGACACCCGUCAGCACCCAAAAACACCCACUGGCAACCGAUGACAGCAACACUGCCAGUGCUCCAUUGGCUACGGCUGCUGCCAAAGAGGAGGACAUCUAUAUUUGCUGCCAAAGAUGGGGAGGAGCUUUAUUGACUGCACCUACAUCAUGCGCAGGUGGUGAGGAGACACAGACAGGGGUUUCGACAGUAAAGGACUCUGCAGUUCCGGUGAAGCACAUGCAAGAGUUCUCGCCUGCUGCCGCCAUGAAGGAGGAAAACGACGGACCCCGUUUUGACCUGGCUGUCAAGGUGCUGUUCAACUACUAUGCAGCAUCCAAUGCAGCCGCCAUCUGGGACUCUCUGCAGAAGGAGUGCCUGCCUGUGCUGGUCAACCAGCUUCUGCCUGCGGGCUUGUGGCGCUGCCGCCUGCCCCCCCAUGCACACAUAGUGGAGAUGCCAGUGGCAUUUGUGGACUCGGUGUCCGUGCUGCCUGGUGCUACUGUACUCUGGCCAAGUGCCUUGUCUCCACGCUUGCACCCACGAGGCUGCGGGCGCAACGCCACUCUUUACCUGGUCAUGCGCAGGUACCAGUGCAGCCUGGCCGAGUACCUGCAGAGUGGUGUUGCAGCUAGCAGGGAUCCACAGGUGCGGCUUAGCCUGCUCUGCCAGCUGCUUGAGGCUGUCUGCUACCUAGGCCAGCACAGUGUGGCUCAUCGGGAUCUCAAGGUGGACAACCUGCUGCUUGAUCUCUCCAAGGGUACAACAUGUCCAAGGCUGGUUCUGUCGGAUUUUGGCAGCUGCCUGGCCAGCACGAACUUACAGCUUCACUUCGUCUCGCCCGAGGUCAACCGGGGCGGCAACCCCGCACUCAUGCCACCCGAGGUUGCAAGAGCUGAACCAGGCCUGCUUUCGAUUAUCGAUUACCGGCGCGCUGAUCUGUGGGCAGCAGGCACCCUAGCCUACGAGUUGUAUGGAGCACCGAAUCCAUUCUACGACCUAGACAGCCGCACCUAUGCUGAGUCUGACUUGCCCCAACCACCCGCUGCUAUGCCUCCCGUGGUGCGAGCACUGGUCCUUGAUAUGCUGCGAAGGGACCCAAAACAGGUGCGCAUGUCUGCCUUGCUGUCAUGUCUUAUGCACUAA